CACUCAUUCGUUCAUUGUCCAAGAUUUACCACUCUUUAAACCAUGUUCUCCAUGCUAUUUGCAAUCCUGGCUUUGGUACCACCAGUACCUGUCAUGGCAUCCAGCAACUGCACAUGCACCCCUGAGACAAUGAAGACACGAAUUGAAUGGGCGAACAUGGCAGAAGCUGACAAGCACUCCUACCUGAAGGCAGUGAAUUGUCUUAUAGAGCUGCCUGGUCAGACAGGUAUCAAUGGUACACUCACAAGGUUUGACGAUAUGCAUGCCAUGUAUCAGGUGCAGGCGAAAGAAAUUCAUCUUGUUGCGCAAUUCCUGCCAUUUCACCGCCUCUAUGUACAGGUGUAUGAGCAGCUGGUGCGAGAGGAGUGUGGCUAUGAAGGGCCUACACCUUGGUGGGAUGAAACCCGCGACGCAGGCAAUUUCAUGGGCUCGCCACCCCUUGAUCCCGACACAGGAUUUGGUGGGAACGGAACAGAUCCAGAUGGAUGUGUCAUGAAUGGUCCUUUCGCAAAUACCACUCUUCAUAUUGGUCCAGGCCAGAAACAGGAGGUUCAUUGCUUAUCCCGCAUAGUAAACGAGCAGAAUAGCACCCUCGCCAACGAAACCUAUAUUGGGGGAGUUAUGGAGGAUAUCGAUGCAAGCCCAGGGGACCCGCUCUUUUAUCUGCACCACGCUUUCAUCGAUCGUCUUUGGUGGAACUGGCUGUUCGAAGACCUUGGCAAUCGUCUUUAUCAACUGGGUGGCCCUUCCUCUCAGGGGCCAUGCGAAGGAAAUUGUGAAGAGACGACUCUGGACUACGUAUUGACCACCUACGGCAUUCGCCCAAACGUUACUGUCAAGGACGUUAUGGACAUUCAGGGCGGAUAUCUCUGCUACAAAUAUGACUAUUAA